UCCUCUUCCAACAACACUGCACAAAGAUUCCUUCUUUUUUUUUCUUCUUUUUUUCUCUCUCCUUAAAAUCCCACCCUGCAUGUUGCCAAAACUCAAGACCCUGUUCAUAUAAAAUACAUAAUACACUCUCUAUCUCUCCAUUCAUAGUUCAAUUCCAUGGCUGAAGAUAAUUCAUCAAACUCCAACAACCUUAGAAUCACCAUUGAAAGAAACCCUUCACAGUCACGCCUCUCUGAACUCAACAUCAAGUGUUGGCCCAAAUGGGGUUGUUCUCCUGGGAAGUACCAGUUGAAAUUUGAUGCAGAAGAGACAUGCUAUUUGCUGAAAGGGAAAGUGAAGGCAUACCCAAAAGGUUCAUCAGAUUUUGUUGAGUUUGGUGCCGGUGACCUUGUUACCAUUCCAAAGGGACUUAGUUGCACUUGGGAUGUUUCUGUUGCAGUUGAUAAGUACUACAAGUUUGAAUCUGAAUCUUCUUCUUCUUCUUCUUCAUGAUCAUGAUAAUAUUCAACACCAUCAUCAUGAUCUUGUUAAUUAAUUAAUUAAUGUAUUAGUAGUAUAUAUUAUUACUAUUAUUCAAGUUAUUAAUAUUAACACUGAUUUAAUUUUAUGACA